AUGAGUAUGUCAAAUGCAACUGAAGCAGCAGAAGGCAUGUCGUUUGCUUAUUCCUGUCAAGACCCUGCCAGUGUUGAUGCUUGUGCGGCCACUUGCGUCGGAUUGCAAGCCUGUCAAGCUUGUGAAUGCUCCGUCAUUCCCCUGGACGUCCAAGGACCUUGGGACGUGGAAGCCCUGGAUGUGAUUUUUGGUCUCUUGCCCAUUUUGUUGCUCAUCAUUGUCACGGUCAAACCUAAUCCUUGGCCGACUUCCUUUAGUUUGCCCUUUGCGGCUCUCUGCAUGUUUCUUGUGAGGACCAUGUACUUGGCCGGAGAUCCCUUAUUGGCUGCCGCCUGCGUCUUGUUGGGCUUGUUGGAAGCCUUGACUCCAUUGAGUAUCAUUGCGGGCGCCAUGAUGCUGUUCGAAACCAUGGAAUCCACCUAUUGCUUGCCCUACAUGAUGCGAGAAAUGAAAGUUUUGACCAAUGGACAUCCGAUUGCCGAAUGCAUGUUGAUUUUUUCCUUUGCCACCAUGGUGGAGGGUGCCUCUGGCUUUGGAACUCCCGUGGCCUUGGGAGCGCCCAUGCUCGUGUCGACGGGGAAUCCGAAAUUGGAAUCCGUUGUCUUGCUAUUGGUGUUCAAUACCUUUGCUACCGUGUGGGGUGCCGUCGGCACCCCCAUUUGGUUUGGCUUUGGUGGAUUGAAAGAUUUGACCGAAGAUGAUUUCAUGUCCAUUUCCAGCCAGGCUGCCGUCGCCAUUGGUACGGGCUGUUUGGUCUUGCUUCCCUGGGUAUUGACCAUUCUCUUGCCCUGGAAGUUGAUUCGCAAGAAUUUGCUGUUUAUUUAUCUUGCAAUCAUUGGAACCAUGGGACCAUUGUUGGGAAUCUCCUUUGCCAGUUAUGAAUUUCCAUCGCUCAUCGGAGGAUUGGUGGGCAUUGGCAUUACUGGCGCUUUGAUUAGCUUCAAGGUUGGUCUCAAAGAUUUGACGCAAGACGAUUUGGAACUAUUAAAAUACCAUUCAGAUCACAGAAAGGGCAAUCCGAUGGACAUUGGUUCCGUCUGCGAAGGAUCCGUGGUGGACUCUCAUUCACGAUCUGCCAAGAAUACCAAAACCUUGUUAAGGGGAGAAUCUUCUGUCAGUGAUGUGACUGGCCCGCGAUUGAACAAUGAGGAUGACGACAGUGCCGAAUUCAAUAUGGACAAGGACGAUGUCGAAUUGGCCAAUGGAAAGAAAGAACAGUCUCCACCAACAAUUCCUGAACAUGAUGAAGUUGUUGCUCCAGUUGGCGAUACUAGUACUACUACUAACAGCAACCGUGAUCUGGAACGAAAGGUCGUCAUUUCCGCGGCGGAGGGGAUUCUUGGCAAUAGCGGGAGCGCGGGCGUCCUUUCCCAACAACAAGCUUUGGACGACGCCUUGGGACCCCGCAAGGGAUGGGGCCAAGGCUUUCUGCGUGAGGUUUUUGCCCGGACCUUUCCCGUGUGGGGUGUGGUGGUCCUGCUGAUUUUGACGCGCAUCAAGGAGAUUGGGCUCAAAGAAAUCUUGACGGAUCAAGAACCCAAUUUUGAAAUUCAUUUUGGGACAUUUGGAACCUUCCGAUUAUCGGCAAGCAUUGUCUUUCAGCUCAAGAACAUUUUGACCUAUCCGAACUUGUCCUGGAAGUACGAGUUUAUCUAUCUUCCUUUCUUUUUGUUCAGUUUCAUUUCCUUCUUGACCUUUGGAUUGUUCCGGAAGAAGCUCAGUCAGACUCCCAAACAAGUGGUCCUCGUGGUUGCGGGACGACUAAAGAAUCCUGCCAUGGCCUUAUUUGGAGCCUUGGUCUUGGUGCAACUUUUGAUUCGUGGAGGAACUUCUUCUCCAGCAUUCGUGGUGGGAACCAUCUUGGCCGAUUGGUUCCAAGAAGGAUUCGUUGUGAUCUCACCUCUACUUGGAGCGCUUGGUUCCUUCUUUUCGGGAAGUACCACCGUGUCCAACUUGACAUUUGGUGACAUUCAAGCCAUUGCCGCCGAAUCGAUUGGGGUGAGCACCACCGCCAUGCUUGCGCUCCAAGCUGUUGGAGCAUCGGCCGGAAAUGGAAUUUGUCUCAAUAACAUCAUUGCCGCGUGUACCGUGGUCAACUUGCAAGUGGGCGAAGGACAGAUUCUGGCCCGAACUGCACGAUAUGUGUUUGCCUUGACUACCUGGGCCACUAUCAUCAUGUUGGCAUUCUACUUUCGAUUCUAA